CGGGGCCAUGGCCUCCUCCGAAGUGUCGCGGCACCUGCUUUUUCAAACUCACAUGACAACGAAAUCUUGUAUGUCCUCUCAAGUGUCUGAUGAUGAACAGAAGCAGAAAAAAGAAAAUAUUCGUCCCUUAACUAUGUCUGGCCAUGUUGGUUUUGAGAGUUUGCCUGAUCAGCUGGUCAAUAGAUCCAUUCAGCAAGGCUUCUGUUUUAAUAUUCUCUGUGUUGGGGAAACUGGAAUUGGAAAAUCAACGCUGAUUGACACAUUGUUUAAUACUAAUUUUGAAGACCAUGAAGCCCCACAUUUUUACCCACAUGUUAGACUUAAGGCUCAGACAUAUGAGCUCCAGGAAAGUAACGUUCGUUUGAAGUUGACCAUCGUGAAUACAGUAGGAUUUGGGGACCAAAUAAACAAAGAAGAGAGCUAUCAACCAAUAGUUGACUACAUAGAUGCUCAGUUUGAGGCCUAUCUCCAAGAAGAACUGAAGAUUAAACGGUGUCUCUUUAGCUACCAUGAUUCUCGCAUCCACGUGUGCCUUUACUUCAUUUCACCUACUGGCCACUCUCUGAAGACACUUGAUCUCUUAACCAUGAAGCACCUUGACAGUAAGGUGAACAUUAUACCAGUGAUUGCCAAAGCAGAUGCAAUUUCUAAAAGUGAAUUACAGAAGUUUAAGAUCAAGCUCAUGAGUGAAUUGGUUAGCAAUGGCGUCCAGAUAUACCAGUUCCCAACAGAUGAUGAAACUAUUGCUAAAAUCAAUUCUUCAAUGAAUGCACAUUUACCAUUUGCUGUUGUAGGAAGUAUGGAUGAGGUAAAGGUCGGAAAUAAGAUGGUCAAAGCUCGUCAGUAUCCUUGGGGUGUUGUACAAGUGGAAAAUGAAAACCAUUGUGACUUUGUAAAGCUCCGGGAAAUGCUGAUUUGUACAAAUAUGGAAGAUCUGCGAGAACAAACGCACACUCGACACUAUGAACUUUACAGACGUUGCAAACUGGAGGAGCUGGGCUUUAAAGAUGUGGGCCCAGAGAACAAGCCAGUCAGUCUUCAAGAGACCUACGAAGCCAAAAGACAUGAAUUCUAUGGUGAACGUCAGAGGAAGGAAGAAGAAAUGAAGCAGAUGUUUGUACAGCGAGUGAAGGAGAAAGAAGCCAUAUUGAAAGAAGCUGAAAGAGAGCUCCAGGCCAAAUUUGAACACCUUAAAAGAGUUCACCAAGAAGAGAGACAGAAGCUUGAGGAGAAGAGAAGACUUUUGGAAGAAGAAAUAGCUGCAUUUUCUAAAAAGAAAGCUUCCUGUGAAAUAUUCCAGAACCAGUCCUUUCUUCCGUCUGGUAGCAAGAAGGACAAGGAUCGAAAGAACUCCAAUUUUAUAUAAGACAGUCAUUCUAGAACUACAUAUCACAGAAGAUCACUACAAGUAAAAGUUAUUAAAAAGUUAGAAAUAUACUUUGAUUUUCUUUGCUGUUUUUUCUUUGCUGUUUUACUUAUUAGUUCUAUAUCUGGCGAGUGUACACAGUAACUGCCAUUUAUGAAUAUAAGGUUAAUGCGUAUGCGAGGGUGGAUGAUAUUACUUACAUAUUCACUGUUGUUAGAAAUGUUUAAGUUGUUAGUUUGAGAUGAAUCUAGAUUGUUUCUCCUUGUUGCCAACUUAUUGUAACUUUGCAGUUCAUUAUACCAAAGAGAUAAGUUUCAGUGCCAUUUAAAAUACACAACUUCAUAUUAUGGCUACCUGAUUACAUUUAUGUCCCAAGACGAAAUUUUUUUUUUUUGUACAUACUAA